GGAUCGCUACGACGACGACGACGUCGUUCACGGACACAAAAGCGGUUUUUUUCUUCUCCGUCGAGGCGAUCGUAAUAAUAUCGUUGUCGGUGGGCAGGGCACCGGUGCAGCACCAGCGACGGCCGAUAAACACCGCGACCGGGCAGUGCAAGCGUGCAUGCGCGUCGCGACCGUCCACACGGUUUUCCCGUCCUUUUGGCCCUCGUUUUUCCCGACCGUUCGUCGUUUUUCCCGCCGCGCCGCCGUCUUCGGGUUCGUAAAUAAUAAUAUAACGAUAAUAAUUAUUAUUACUGUUGUUCUAUCGCCCUUCGUAGCCGCCAUGUCUUCGUCGUCGCCGCCGCACUGUCACCGCCGCCGCCGCCGUACGCCGCCCGUGCAGACGGCCGUCGCGGCGUUGGUAGCCGCCGUCCUGGCCAUCGCGGUCCGCUCGACGGUCGCCGCCCCGCAGUCCGACGGCGACGCCGUGAUCACGAUCGCCGGCAAUCAGUGCAAGUGCGUGCCGUUCUAUUUGUGCGAGUCGAGCAAUACCGUCUACGUACCCUCUGGAUCUACAGAAUUAGGUUGUAUAAGCGAUUUGGUAUGUUGCCGAGUACAAAGUGAUACACCAGUUACCGAAGAAUCGUUUCCAUCGUCAUCUGAAUUAUCUCAAAUUAGUUCAUCUACUCAAGAACCAUAUAUCGAGAAUAAUAAACCAUGUACAUGUGUAUCUAAAAAUCAAUGUUUACCAACAAAUGAUGGGCAAAAUAAUAAUAUAAGAAAAGGCAGUUGUAGUAGCAAUAAAGUUUGUUGCAUAAAUGAAUAUGUUAAUAUCAUAUCAUCAACUCAGGAAACACCUGUUAUUGAUGAACCCAACUAUAAUAAUGUUCGUAGUUGUGGUAUCGGUAAGUCACCAGAUUCCAUAAAUUCUGAGAGAAUAGGAACACGUAUUGUUAAUUCUGAAGAUUAUUCAAACACGUAUUUUGGCCAAUUUCCAUGGAUGGCUGCUAUUCUAAAAACAGACAUAAAUGAAGAGACUGAUGUAAAAACUGAAAAUGUUUUCCUGUGUGGUGGUUCAUUAGUACACCCACGAGUUAUUUUAACAGCGGCACACUGUGUCAGAGAUAAAAAUGUAAAAUUGAUGAAAGUACGAGUGGGCGUUUGGGAUACUCAAUCCAAUAAUAACGAAGAAGAAAAAGAAAUUUCGCACCAAGAUCGUGGUGUUUCAAAAAUAGUUUAUCAUCCAAAUCACAAUAAUGGAACUAUGUUCAACGAUGUUGCAUUAGUCGAACUAGAAUCUGAAAUUAAACUAUAUCCACAUAUUAACAUUAUAUGCAUUCCCAGCAAUGAAAAACAAUUAAACUACGACCCACAAUCGUGUAUAUCAACAGGAUGGGGUAAAAAUGGAUUCGAACAAGGUAGCCGAUAUCAAACGGUGUUAAAAAAAGUAGAGCUGUCCCUUGUGCCUAAUGACUUAUGCCAGCAGCAACUACGGAACACGCGCCUUGGAAACUUUUUCCGUUUACACGAUAGUUUUAUUUGUGCUGGUGGUUCAAAGGGAGUAGACGUGUGCAAAGGUGACGGAGGUGGACCGUUGAUAUGUGCAAUGAAAGGAUCACAAGAGAAGUCUAAAAAAUAUAUGCAAGUGGGUAUUGUGUCUUGGGGUAUUGGGUGCGGUGAUGAAAAUAUACCCGGUGUAUACUCAUCGGUAACGGCCAAUGCCCAAUGGAUCAACAAGGAGCUUAAAAUGAUUACACAAUGAAGACAUCAUUUUUUUCUCCAACUAUUGGCAUUUUAAUUUAUAUUUAUACUUUGACUGGGUGUUUAAUCGAAUUUGAGUCGAUUGAUUUUCUGAUAUAUUAUUAUUUGAGCAUAAAAUAUAUAUUUCAAUUUACGCCUUAAACAUAA